AUGCAGAAGUUCUCCAGGCUCGGCCGCAUCGGCCAGAGCUUUGGCAAGAGGCAAUUGGCCACCGUCAGCGAUGCUCCUCUCUCCCGCAAGGUCGAAAUGACCAACUGGGAGAAGGGCAACUACAUCAACUACAAGAAGAUGAGCGAGAACCUGGCCAUUGUCCGCCAGCGCCUCAACCGUCCUCUUGCCUACGCUGAGAAGAUCCUCUACUCCCACUUGGACGACCCCCACGGUCAGGAAAUCGAGCGAGGUUCCAGCUACCUCAAGCUCCGCCCGGAUCGUGUCGCUUGCCAGGAUGCCACCGCACAGAUGGCCAUUCUCCAGUUCAUGUCCGCCGGCAUGCCCUCAGUCGCAACCCCCUCCACCGUCCACUGCGACCAUCUUAUCGAGGCCCAGGUCGGCAACGAGAAGGAUCUUGCUCGCGCCAACGAGAUCAACCGUGAGGUCUACGACUUCCUGUCCACCUCUUGCGCCAAGUACAACAUCGGUUUCUGGAAGCCCGGCUCUGGUAUCAUUCACCAGAUCAUCAUGGAGAACUACGCUUUCCCUGGUGGUUUGAUGAUCGGUACUGACUCCCACACCCCUAACGCUGGUGGUCUCGGUAUGGCUGCUAUCGGUGUCGGUGGUGCCGACGCCGUCGACGUCAUGGCCAACAUUCCCUGGGAGUUGAAGGCACCCAAGGUCAUUGGUGUCAAGCUCACCGGAAGGAUGUCUGGCUGGACCACUCCCAAGGACAUCAUCCUCCGCGUCGCUGGUAUCUUGACUGUCAAGGGUGGAACUGGUGCCAUUGUGGAAUAUCAUGGACCAGGAACUGAAACUCUUUCUUGCACUGGAAUGGCAACCAUCUGUAACAUGGGUGCUGAAAUUGGUGCCACCACCUCCGUCUUCCCCUUCAACCAGCGUAUGUAUGAGUACCUCCAGGCUACCAAGCGAACUGAGAUUGGCGACUUCGCUCGUGAGUAUGCCAAGGAGCUCCGCGAGGACGAGGGCACCGAAUAUGACCAGCUCAUUGAGAUCAACCUUGACGAGCUUGAGCCCCACAUCAACGGACCCUUCACUCCUGAUCUUGCUACUCCCAUCAGCAAGUUCAAGCAAGCUGUCAAGGACAACAAGUGGCCCGAGGAGCUCAAGGUCGGUCUCAUCGGAUCUUGCACCAACUCCUCGUACGAGGAUAUGAGCCGUGCCGCCUCCAUUGCCGAAGAUGCCAUGGCCCACGGUAUCAAGGCCAAGUCCCUCUUCACUGUCACUCCCGGAUCUGAGCAGAUUCGCGCCACCAUUGCUCGUGACGGUCAAUUGAAGACCUUCGAGGAGUUUGGCGGAAUGGUCCUUGCCAACGCCUGCGGUCCUUGCAUUGGUCAAUGGGAUCGUCGUGAUGUCAAGAAGGGUGAACCCAACUCUAUCAUCUCUUCUUACAACCGUAACUUCACUGGCCGUAACGAUGCCAACCCCGCCACCCACUCUUUCGUCGCCUCUCCCGAUCUCGUUGUCGCCAUGACCGUUGCUGGAACCCUCAACUUCAACCCCUUGACCGACACCUUGAAGGAUAAGGACGGAAAGGAGUUCAAGCUUAAGGAGCCCUCUGGCGAUGGUCUUCCCCAGAACGGCUACGACCCGGGACAGGACACUUACCAGGCCCCCCCUGCUGAUCGAUCCUCCGUCUCUGUCGCCGUCUCGCCUACCUCUGACCGUCUCCAGAUCCUCGAGCCCUUCGAUGCCUGGUCUGGCGAGGAUCUCAAGAACCUCCCCGUCCUGAUCAAGACCGUCGGCAAGACCACCACCGAUCAUAUCUCCAUGGCCGGUCCCUGGUUGAAGUACCGUGGACAUCUUGACAACAUCUCCAACAACAUGCUUAUCGGUGCCAUCAGCGCUGACAGCGGCGAGGCCAACAAGAUCAAGAACAUGCUCACCGGCGAGUACGAUGCCGUCCCCGCUGUUGCCCGUGACUACAAGAAGAAUGGAAUCAAGUGGGUCGUUGUUGGUGACUGGAACUACGGAGAGGGUUCUUCCCGUGAGCAUGCCGCUCUCGAGCCCAGGCAUCUUGGUGGUAUUGCCAUCAUCACUCGAUCAUUCGCCCGUAUCCACGAGACGAACUUGAAGAAGCAGGGUAUGCUUCCUCUUACCUUCUCGGAUCCUGCCGACUACGAGAAGAUUGGACCCAACGACAAGGUUGACCUCAAGGCCACCGAGCUCGCCGUUGGCAAGCCCUUCACUCUCGUUGUCCACCCUGCCGAUGGCAGCGAGUCCUUCGAGAUCAAGCUCUCUCACACUUUCAACGCUGGCCAGAUUGAAUGGUUCAAGAACGGAAGUGCCCUUAACACCAUGGCCAAGAAGACCAAGGCUUAA